AUGAAGGGGGCCACCAUAAAUUGGCCAGGCGAAUUGCCCCUGGACGAAACGACCACCGAAGAAUCCAUGUUAAUAACGUCGGCCCAUCAAGAGAAAUACAAAUGCUCGUUGCCCACCACAGCCGAGGAGAAAGCCCAGCAAGAAGACUCCUACGAUGGCCCCACAGCUUUGGAGCUCCUCUCCCCGUUGUUUUCCCCAAACCAACCGUGUUCUUUCAGAUUAGAAUCGUACUGGACCUAUCAAGUGUGCCACGGCAGAAAAGUCCGCCAGUACCACGAAGACAGGGAAGGUAAAACGAUGAGAUUGCACGAAUACGUCAUAGGCAAAUGGGACUCCGAUUAUUACGAAACCUUAUUAGAGAAAACUAAGGAGCGCGAGAAAGAUAGAACCCUUCCUCCGCCCGUUAAGAAAAUAGAGAGCAUAAAUCUACCGUACUACGAAAUUGUAAUGGAAAACGGUACCCAGUGCUCCUUAAAAAACAACAACAAACCCCGCACGACCAAAGUGCUCUACGUGUGCUACAUACACGGCAAGCACGAAAUCUACUCGGUGGACGAGCCCCAGAGCUGCGUCUACGAAAUCAUCAUUCUCUCGCCCCUCCUGUGCGCCCACCCCAAAUACAAACCGAAGGAAUCGGGCGAGAACAAGAUAAACUGCGCGCCGGUAGACGGCAGCUACAAGAUGCCCUACGGCCUGGCCAAGCAGCAGUACGAAUCGGCCCUGCUGAGGAAAAAGUCCGAUUUGAACAAGUUCAAAGUGGAGCUGUUGAAGUUCGAGAAGGAAGACGCCAUUCCCGAUCCGAGCGAGCACCAGUUGGUAGACAGCGCGCCCGUGGAGAAUUUCCUGCGAGGGAAGAAUUGCUUGAACGGAGGCACCGGCUGGUGGAAGUUCGAGUUUUGCUACGGGAAGUCCGUGGAGCAGUAUCACGUGGAAAAGAACGGGAAGAAGGUAUCGAUAAAUUUGGGGAUAUUCGAUAGACAGGCGCAUUUGGAUUGGAUGAAGGAGAACCCGCAGAAGCGGCCUAAGCCGUUAGGGCAACGCAAGCAACUGUCCCAUUUGUAUUCGAGCGGUUCGAUUUGCGAGAAGACGGGCAAACCGAGGCAAACGGAGGUGAAAUUAAAGUGCCUGCAGAACGCUAGCAGUCCCAACGCGGUGUCUUUAUAUUUACUCGAACCUAAAUUGUGCCAGUACAUUUUAGGCGUAGAGUCGCCUUUGAUAUGCGACAUAUUAUCCAGGGCUAACGAAGAUGGGUUGGUGGAAACGGAACAUGUAGAAUUCGAAGAGACUGAAAAGGCUACUGUUAACGUAGGGUUGUAA